AUGCGUUUGGGAGUCGUGGCCAGCCUCUUUGGGCUGAUCUUGGCGCUGCAGGGAGUUCCAUUGCGUGCAGGGCUCUGCGAUGGCGCGCAGUGUGAAGCCAUGGUCGCCAAUGUAUGUUCCAGGCUGGAAUCUGCGGUGUCGUGCACGGCUCUCUGGGGAUCCUUCCUCUCGCUGAUGGACCUCCACACCGCUGCCCCAAGCUCUGAGAUGCGUUGGCGACACCUGGCACAUCGUGCCCAGAUGCUCAGCAAGUCCAUGCUGCGGCCGGAGUGUUGGGUAAGCUUGCCCGACUCCACAAGUUUGGGCGAGGCCGAAGUUGCUGGACGGCCAAAGUGCCUAAGCUCCCUGUGCCUGCUGGACAGCAGCUGCCACGAGCGUCACAUGGUCCAUGAGCUGCUGGCACUUGCCAAGCAAAUCGACCCUGGCUCGGCCUUGUCCUUGUUCCAAGCAACCAAGGACCUCUUCGCUUGGCGGGACUUUCACCAGACACCCAUGCUCUUCUACCCCACACUGCGGUCUCAGGCUUGGUACGGUGAAGACGACUACCCGCAGCUGGUGCGAGAGCUUCGAGCAAAUUUCCCUGCCAUCAAGGCAGAGUUUCUGAAGUCCUACAGCCGACGGGGUGGGAAGCUGACCUUGGAGGAGCAGGAGUACAGUGGCAGGGAAGGCUGGUGGUGUUGGGAUGUUUGGUCGGCCGUGGAUGGCUGGGUGCAGGAGCGCUGCGAGCAGAUCCCUUCGCUGUGCAAGGUCCUGCGCGGCCACCUGCCCUAUGCAAAGUCGCCAAAGCUGGCAGCUUACCUUCAAGAGGAGGUUGCGCUGUUCGGCCUGCCUCCUGGGGAGAAGUUCUUCGCGCUGCACAACGACGGGACCAACGCGCGCGUUGCGCUGCUCAUGCCACUUACGGGUGGCAGGUGGAGCUCGCUCACGGUGCGAGGGGAGCGGCGGGACUUCGGUGAAGACGGAGUGGUUCUCGGCUUCGAUGCCUCCUUUGAUCACAUAGCCACGUAUGACCCUCCUCCCGGUGGGGAUGAACGCUGGGUGCUCUCCAUCGCACUGUCGCACGUCGAUUUCGAUGCGCACCUGUCUCAGGGACGGCUCUUGUCGCCGCCGCCAAGUGUGGAGCUUUUGGCGGACCCGCACAGGUGGCGUCGCACUCCUGGCGCUUUGGACUCCCAGGCCUUCGAGGCCCGAGUUUGGGCGAAGCUCGCGAAGAGCUCCGAUGGCCUCAAUGUCGCACUGCUCGGAUCUCUGGGAAGCCUCAGCGCCCCGCUACUCCGCGCCGGGGCCUUUGUGGCUGGUCUCUGUGAUCGUUGCGAGGCGCAGGGGCCUGCACUCCACCGACAGCUGGGAGGCUUGCUGCCCCAAGCGGCACUGGAACGCCUGGUGCUUGUGCCACGGGACAAGUUUGCAGACGCCUUCGAGAGCCACAGUGUCGAUAUGAUUGUCAUCGACGCCACCAGCAACGUGGUUUCAAGCGGGGAAGGGCCGACCUCCGGUUUGUCCUUGGAUGGUUCAUUCCUCGAGCGUGCGCGGCGCUUCCUGCGGUCUGGGGGUCGCGUGGUGGGUGUUGGCCUGGGGGCGCCCACUUUGCCAGCCGGCUCGGUGCUUCAUUUCGAGCCGGGCAUCUGGUGGUUCCAGUGGCCUUCAGCUUCCGUGGAGGUCCAGGAUUCCACGGAUUCCACCGGUCCUGCACCUCAGUCUGGUCAGACCGACGAGGAGCUGCGGGUGCCAUUCGGGGCAACAGCCGGCUAUGCGGCCCAGGCACUGCGGCGGACCUUUCGCGAGGCUGCGGAGGACCCGCCGGAGCCCAUCUUGGUGGGCAUGGUUGCCCGGUAUGCGUGCAACAACGCGCUCCUGGCCGCACGAUGCGUCGGAUCCGCCCAAGGACACCUCAACGACAUCUGCGCCGAGCUCGCCAAUGCCCAGACGGCGCUUCGACGAAGGGAUCCGGUUGCUCCAGAAGUGAUCAUGGCCACUGCGCAUGCCACCGUGGAACUGCUGGAUGCCUCGGACCAAUCAAAGCCAUGUCUCAUGCCUCUGCCAGCCGCUUGGCAUGCCGCCCUGCCCGCCCUCGACCCUGAGUCCGGCUUGCGGCAGAUGGUGGGAUUUGGCACGCAUGAGCUUGCCGGGUCCGAGUGCUACCUGGCCGUUCAGGCGGCGCUGGAGGCUGGCGUGCGCCACAUUGAUUCCGCUGAGUCCUACCGCAACGCAGCCGAGGUGGGUCGGGCAAUACUGAGCAGCAAGGUUCCCCGCGAGUCGAUCUACCUGGCUACGAAGCUGUCCACGACCAACCUGGACGAAAGAGCAGCCUAUGCUGCGCUACAGGCGGAGCUGGAUGGCUUCUGGCCGACGGCCUACGCCGACCUCUGCUACCUCCACUUCCCUUCGGACGAUAGCCUGCCCCCUUGGAGGGCCUUGGAGCGUCUCCACGAUGAGGGUCGCUGCCGCCAAUUGGGUCUCAGCAACUUCGGUCAGGCUCAGAUUGAGGAGCUCAUGCAUCGGGCGCGAGUGAAGCCCGUGGCCCUUCAGAUUCAGUUCUCCGUGUACGAGCCGUGCAGUCCCUCUUUCUUGCGUUGGCUUCGAGGGACAGGGAUCACCGUGGUGGCGGCCUCCUCGUUGAAUCCGAACGCAACUUGCAACCUGAACCCCAUGCAGGAUCCCCAUGUUCUGGCCAUCGCCUCCAAACGUGGUAGGACCCCGGCCCAGGUGUUGCUCCGCUGGCUCCUACAGCAGGGGGUAGCCGUCCUGCCUCGGAGCCGGAGCCCGGAGCACAUCCGCCAAAACAGUCAGCUCGACUUCGAGCUGUCCGAGGUGGAGGUCGCCGUCCUCUCGGCGGUGUCCACGCUGGUGCAGAGCCGCCCAGGUUUCUUGAGACCGGAUGGAGCCCUGGACCUCUUUCGCGUUGCGGGCUAG